CUUUGUGGCGCCCUCUGCAUCGAAACCCCCUGACAGAAAUUAGUGCAUCGAGUUGGAUGCGGUCCGGGCAUUGUAGUAUUUAAAGAGACGAAUGGUCCUACCCAUUGUGCUCCCCCGAAUCGCAUACCGCAACGACCAACCCUGACAGUUUUCUCAUCUCCUACGAGACUCUACGUUUUGAAAAUACUGCUCACUGACGAUAGAAGGCGAUAAUGAUGACAAGCUUCGUUCACGAGUUCGACACGCCCUUGUUCAAGGGGAAGGUCAAUUUCCCGACUGGUGUGUAUAUUGAUGGGAAGUUCAGUGAUGGGGCGUCACAGACAACAAUUGAUGUUAUUGAUCCCACAAACGGCAAAGUCAUAACUUCCGUCUCCGAAGCCACCUCCGCCGAUGUCGAUCGCGCUGUCUCCGCCGCCCAAAAAGCCUUCGACACCGUCUGGGGUCUGAAUGCGCCCGGGUCGUACCGCGGAAAGCUGAUGCAUCGGUUGGCAGAGCUGAUGGACGAGAAGAAGGAAGAAUUGGCCGCAUUGGAGGCGCUGGAUGUCGGCAAGACAUUCAAGUGGGCUAUGGAUGCGGAUUUGAACAUUGCGAUCGAGACUAUCAGGUAUUUCGCGGGCUGGGCGGACAAAAUCCAGGGAAAAGUCAUCGAGACCACAACGGACAAGUUGGCGUACACGCGUCACGAGCCCAUCGGAGUAGUGGGUCAGAUCGUCGCCUGGAACUUCCCACUCCUGUUGUUGUCCUGGAAGAUCGGGCCUGCUCUUGCGUGCGGCAACACCAUCGUCUUCAAACCCUCCGAAUUUACCCCUCUCACCACCCUCCGCGUGGCCUCCCUCAUCACUGAAGCCGGCUUCCCACCCGGAGUGGUCAACAUCCUCACCGGCCGUGGCCCCACCGUCGGCGAGGCGAUGUCCUCGCAUAUGAAGAUUGAGAAGUUGGCGUUCACGGGGAGCACGCUCGUGGGCAGGAAGGUCAUGGAGAAUGCGGCGAAGAGCAACUUGAAGGAUGUCACUCUGGAGUUAGGCGGGAAGAGUCCGAAUAUAAUUUUUGAUGAUGCGGAUUUGGAGCUGGCGGUCGGGUGGAGUGCGCAUGGGAUUUUCUGGAACCAUGGGCAGGCUUGUUGUGCUGGAACGAGGAUCUUCGUCCAAGCUGGGAUCUACGAUGAGUUCUUGAAGAUGCUCACGGCGAAGGCGAAAUCGAUCAAGCUCGGCGAUCCGUUCGCGGAAGACUCCCAGCAGGGUCCACAGGUCUCGAAGCAGCAAUUCGACCGCGUCAUGUCAUACAUCGACUCUGGUAAAUCCCAAGGGGCCACAGUGCACACCGGUGGCGCUCGUUACGGUGAAGAAGGCUACUGGAUCGAACCGACCAUCUUCGUCGACACAAAACCGGGGAUGAAGAUCGUUCAGGAAGAGAUCUUCGGGCCCGUCGGCGUGGUGAUCAAGUUCGAGGACGAAGAGGAUGUCUUGAGGCAGGCAAACGAUACCAUGUAUGGGUUGGCGGCAGCUGUGUUUACAAAGGAUGUCAGUAAGGCGCUGAGCAUCGCACAUAAGAUAAGGGCGGGGACCGUUUGGGUCAAUCAUGUGAACCAGGUGCAUGCUCAGAUUCCAUUCGGUGGGUUCAAGCAAUCCGGUAUCGGACGCGACUGCGGAGAGUAUGCAAUCCAGCACUACACGGCCGUCAAGGCCGUCCAAAUAAACAUUGGCAACGUUCGUAUCUAG